AUGAGAGAGCAGGAUGUCUCUGAGUACAGGAACAGCCUAGCCAUUCGUGUUUCAGGAUUUGAUGUUCCACGUCCAAUUAAGAAUUUUGAAGAUUGUGGUUUUUCCACUGAGUUAAUGAAAGCCAUAGGAAAACAAGCAUAUGAGAAACCCACACCAAUACAGUGCCAGGCUUUACCUAUUGUUCUAUCUGGAAGAGACAUAAUUGGAAUAGCAAAAACAGGUUCAGGAAAGACUGCUUCUUUCGUGCUACCUAUGAUUACUCAUAUUAUGGAUCAACCUGAACUUCAGAAGGAAGAAGGUCCUAUUGGUGUGAUAUGUGCUCCUACCAGGGAAUUAGCUCAUCAAAUAUAUUUGGAAGCUAAGAAAUUCUCUAAAGCUCAUGGUAUCCGUGUUUCUGCGGUUUAUGGUGGAAUGUCUAAGCUUGAUCAGUUCAAGGAACUAAAGGCAGGAUGUGAGGUUGUUGUGGCUACUCCAGGGAGAUUGAUAGACAUGAUAAAAAUGAAGGCACUGACAAUGUUGAGGGCAACCUAUCUAGUACUUGACGAGGCGGAUAGAAUGUUUGACCUCGGUUUUGAGCCACAGAUAAGGUCUAUUGUUGGUCAAAUAAGGCCGGACCGCCAGACGUUACUCUUUUCAGCGACCAUGCCUCGUAAAGUUGAAAAGCUUGCUAGGGAGAUCCUUUCUGAUCCUGUAAGAGUGACCGUGGGACAGGUGGGUAUGGCCAAUGAGGACAUUACCCAAGUUGUACAGGUAAUUCCAUCAGAUGCCGAAAAGUUGCCGUGGCUGCUCGAAAAGCUUCCUGGAUUGAUUGAUGAAGGGGAUGUUCUUGUUUUUGCAUCCAAAAAGGCCACAGUGGAUGAAGUUGAAUCACAACUAGGGCAGAAGGGUUUUAAAGUUGCGGCACUUCAUGGUGACAAAGAUCAGGCUUCGCGCAUGGAGAUUUUGCAAAAGUUCAAAUCUGGGACAUUCCAUGUCCUUAUUGCAACUGAUGUUGCAGCUCGUGGCCUUGACAUCAAGUCAAUUAAAUCUGUGGUAAACUUUGAUACAGCUAAAGACAUGGACAUGCACGUGCACCGAAUUGGUAGGACGGGGCGUGCAGGUGACAAAGAUGGAACUGCAUAUACUCUCAUAACACAAAAGGAGGCAAGAUUUGCUGGUGAACUAGUUAACAGUCUGAUUACUGCUGGUCAAAAUGUGCCCCCGGAGCUUAUGGAUCUUGCUAUGAAGGAUGGAAGGUUCAGAUCCAAACGUGAUGCAAGGAAAGGAGGUGGGAAAAAAGGUAAAGGGAGGGGAGGUGGGGGUAAAGGUGUUCGAGGCGUGGACUUUGGUUUGGGAAUUGGUUAUAAUCCCGAAUUUAAUGCUGUUUCAAGCACUACACCUGCUCGCUCGACAGCUGUCAAUUCUCUAAAAACGGGGAUGAUGUCACAAUUCAGGAACAGCUUUGUUCCCGCAUCAUCAAAUUCCCCGAAUCAGUUUGGGCAGAACAAUACAGGGGUACAACAAGCAAACAGGAGGAUGGCUUUGCCUGGAUUUGUAUCUGGUGGGACUAUUGGUGGCGACAUGCAUGCCGUAAAAAUCAACACUACGGACAAUAAUUCUCCCGCGUCAAAUGCUGCUAGGGAAAGGUGA